UAUGUCCAUUUUCACUCUCCCCCUCAGUGUGCGGGGGAGCUCUGUCACUUGGGGUCGUCUGUUUGCGGGUGUUCUGCGCCCUUCCCAAAAAGGGCAGGGACCUUUGCAGCUCCAGCCGAGCAUCUGGGCACAGGAAGAUGUAUAAGAGGGGGUCCAGCAGGGUGUUGAGGUUGGUCAAGCCGUAACACAGGCGAUAGUUCCUGCUCAACCUUGACAAGUCCACACGGCUCGUCGGUCAGCAGCAAGGACACAAACCUGUAUCCGCCCACGAGGUGGUACGGCCCGAAGACGACAAUGAAAUUGACUGUGAUUAUGACCAGGAUGCCCACAAUUUUGUGUUGCUCGUGGUCAGAGAGGGAUGGAGAUCGACGGAGUGUCACCCCGAUGUGUGCUGAGGUGUAGCUGAGGGAGGAAGCAGAGAUGAAGAUGAGAUCCUCAGCCUGUUCAUCAGACAAUAAAAACAAUGACACUGUCUCCUAUUGACAGUAAAGUCUAAAGUUUUCUUUGUGAAACCCACAGGAUGCCACAAAUGAAGUAGCCCAACAAUGAUGUCCAUCAUGUUCCCUGAUUUUCCAACAUUUUUAAUUUCUCAGAUUUCAUUAAGAUGAUAAAAGGCCGGCCUACACACUGAGGUUAUGUGGCUGCUAAGGUUUCCAUGAAAACUACAACAACAACAACAGCACGUUUCGACUGGACGUUUCGACUAUCAUACUUUGUCUUUGUCGACGCAAUAAAGUCGAUGAUCUCCUCAACCUCAAAUGAUAAAUCACAAAGCUCCAUAAAAAACUGCUGCCAUUUUCCUAAGUGAUAGUUUCUUUUUGAAAAGGAAUUUGACGAGACCAAAAGACUAUAUUCCUUCAGCGUCUGACUCUAAUGUGCUUCCUUUUGAGUUUUGUAACUUCCGAUGACUCAACAUGUGUCCAACAAGCUGAGCUAGGCACUGCAUUGUAUAGGAACCAACCAUGACACAGGCCUCAUCGGAGUCUUGACAAGCAGCAGUGUGAAGCAAAGGAUCCACACGUUUUCACUCCAGGAUGGCACACGUCACAUGUCUUUUCAACCAGCGCCCGAACGUCAGCUUUAACCCGUCAAACCAAACAGUCAGCAUGAACUCUCCCAGUAUCGUUGCCAUUUCCCUCCACGGCUUGUUCUCUUCCAUUGGCAUCGUGGAAAACCUCCUCAUCCUCGGCUUGGUGGGCUUCCAUGUCCGCCGCUCGGUCAUCAGCGUCUGGAUCCUGAACCUCGCGGCCUCCGACCUGCUGGCCACCAGCUCCCUUCCCUUCUUCACCCUCUACAUGGCACGCGGCAACACCUGGACACUGGGCAGGACCUUCUGCCGCAUCUACUCCUCCGUCUUCUUCCUCAACAUGUUCGUCAGUGGCUUCCUGCUGGCGGCCAUUUCCAUGGACCGCUGCCUGGUGGUGCUGAGACCUGUUUGGGCCCAGAACCACAGGGACAUUCGACUCGUGGGAAAGACAUGUGGGGUGAUUUGGGCCUUGGCUGUGGUCUGCACUAUCCCUUUCUACAUAUUCCGUGACACUAUUCACAUUUCCAAAGACAACAUUUUCUGUUACUACAGUUACACUGUGUUUCUCCCAAGUGAGCCGUAUGACCUGAAAGCUUUAUGUAAGCAGCGCAAGGAGGCCUUGGCCUUCAUGAAGCUCUUUGUAGCCUUCCUGAUCCCUCUGUUGAUCAUCAUCCUCAGCUAUGUUACCCUGAAUGCCCACUUGGUGCGCAAAGGCUGCCGACGCCCUUUCCGCUUCGUUCGGCUCGUGGUGGCCGUGGUGGUGAGCUUCGUUCUCUGCUGGGCUCCGUACCACCUCUUUAUCAUCAUGGAGGUGAUGGCUCCCAGUGGGCAUCCCCUGCAGAAAUUCGCAAGUGAUGCCUUGAGAAUCGCUGCGACCAUUGGCUUCCUCAACAGUGUCCUCAACCCCGUUCUGUACGUGUUCAGCUGCCCUGACCUGUGCACUAAGAUCAGACAAUCUCUGGGUGCAGUGAUGGAGAGUGUUCUGGCCGAGGAUCUAGCAGAGCUGGCCCGGCGCCGCAGCACCGCCCACAGCUCCAUCAGCACCACCACCGAGGUUAUGAUGAAGCCGAGGAAAUCCUUUGCGAAAUUGGGUCUGAAAACAGAGGAGCAAGAGCAGGAUGAAAGUAUUGCUAACCCUACUCCUAACUGUUUACUUCCACUUCACUGAGAACCAUUCUUAAUUUUAAAAAUGAGCUUAGGUUUCAGGCCUUUAAUUCCAAAUUUCAAUUGUUUUCUAACUUAAGCUGAUCAUAUUUAAGUAAGAUGUGCCCUGUGUUUUCUGGUCUAGUCCAGUUUACAUUUGCUGUUUCCUACUUAACAAGGGACUUAAUCCAUGUUUGCCUGCUGUCGUCCUUUGACGACAAUGUACAUUACAAGGCAUCACACUCAUCGGUUUAACAACAGAGUUGAAAGUUUUUAUUCACCUCUUUUCCAAGGGCAGUAGAGGAUUUAGUUAGAGUUUCUAUAACGUGUGUGAAUACUCGCAACAAGUUUGUUUUUAUGUUGGAUCUUUUAUACCUGUCAAAUGUAUGAGAACUGCUGUAACAAAAAACAAAAACCAUAUGUUCUUCUCUGAAUGCUUGAUUUGAUGUGUAUCCACAGUAUUGCCUCCGUUUUCUUUUCUCUCUCUCUUGAGGUCUCUCACUAGAUCUUAUCAGUAGCUGUGAGAGCUGGCACAAGCACAUCUUUGAAAAACAAUGUACUCUUGCUGAUUUUCAAAAAAUGAAUCUACAACCUGUCCAAUAUAGAGGAUAGAAGAUGGAUACCUUAAAUUUGACUUCACAUGUCUCUUUCAGUUUCCAUGAUUUUGCUCCUUGCAUAUUUUAUUUCUGCUCCUUUUAAUACUGUUACUUGACAUUUCUAAACAUUAAUAAAGAAACAGAAAAGCA